GGGAGGCGUGGGGAGGGUCUUGGUUGGGGACUUGGGUUUAGCUUGACAAGUGUCAGCCAUGAGCCGAUUACCUCCCCUAUUUGGUGCUUACUUAAUAGUGCUUCCUGCUGGCCUACUGGGCCCUGGCUCUUGGGGUUUCGCUGGAGGAUUCGGCCGAAGAAUGGAGGCAACUGGAGCAUGGCAUUAUGCUGCGGCGAAGCUGACCGAAGCAUGAUGAUAUUUGAUGGUCAUGGUAUGGUGGUAUGAAAUGCACAUAGUUAGAAGGAUUGCAGUAGAGGACGGGAUGCUCAGCUUGAUCUCCCGUAUGUGCCUUACAUCUUCACAAGAGAGGAAACCGAGACAUGAGGAUCGAUUCAACCAUCUGGCGGCUGUUGCAACUUGCGAGCAAUAUAAACGUCUCGUCUUCCUCCGUCGAUAGAUAUUGGAUCUACCCGGCCCUCUCAAAAACUCUUUGUGAAUAGUAAUAGUACGUACCGGUAUUGCUUAUAUCGACAGACCAAGAUUAUUCCAAGCUCAAUAAGUUAGUUACACGUAAACGGUAAACCCGU